UACAAAUCGCAAGUCUCGCGAUUGGCUCACAGAGUGCCACGUAUCACUCCAAUUUCAUAUAUCCACGUGUCGACCUCUGAACAGCUUCAAAAAACUUCCCUCUCUUUUUGCUCUCUACAAAAUCCAAACCAAACCAGAAGAAAAUGGCCAUUCUCUACUUCUCCAAUUCAGCCUCGUCUCUUUCUCUCCUUCCCCUGAGAAAAAGCCUCCCAGGUCCGUGCGAUCCCAAACUGAAACCCUACAUUUCGAUUUUCUCUCGCUUCUCGACAAUGGCUUCAAUCUCCGGUUCCGAUUCCGUCGGACCGAGCUCGGCGGCGAUCGAUGAGGUGCCGGAGACCGGGGCCGAUCAAAUGGACCGAAUUUUCGACCUGACGUUUCGGAGGUACUCGUCGUCUUCGUCGUCGCCGGCGAAGAGGAACGGCAAUGGCGUCGCGAUCGUUUGGUUCAGGAACGAUCUGAGAGUUUUGGACAACGAGGCUUUGUACAAGGCGUGGAUUUCGUCUCGGGAGGUUUUGCCUGUUUACUGUGUUGAUCCUCGGCUUUUUGGUUCUACCUAUUACUUUGGGUUCCCGAAAACUGGAGCCUUGAGAGCACAAUUUCUUAUGGAAUGCUUGGCUGACUUGCAAAAGAAUUUAAUGAAGCGGGGGCUUAACUUGCUGAUUCAACAUGGGAAGCCUGAGGAGAUUCUGCCCACUCUUGCGAAAACUCUUGGGGCACAUACUGUAUAUGCACAAAAAGAAACUUGCAGUGAGGAGCUGAAUGUGGAAACAUUGGUGAGCAAAGGUUUGCAAAAAGUGGUGUUGCAAUCAUCUUCAGGGCAAACCAACAGGCCUUCUUCUACUAAAAAUCCCAAGCUGCAUCUUGUUUGGGGUACCACUAUGUACCACAUUGAUGACCUUCCAUUUUAUGCCAAUAGUUUACCAGAUGUGUAUACUCAAUUUCGUAAGGCAGUCGAAGCCAAAUGUACAGUCCGUAGCUGCAUCAAAAUUCCAACAUCUCUUGGGCCACCACCCAGCAUUGAUGACUGGGGAUGUGUUCCUUCAAUUGAACAGUUUGGACUUAGCUCAAAAAAUGUCAGCAAAGGAAUGACGUUUAUUGGAGGUGAGAGUGCAGCAUUGAGCCGGGUAUAUGACUAUUUCUGGAAGAAGGAUUUGCUCAGGAAAUACAAGGAGACCAGAAACGGGAUGCUAGGACCUGAUUAUUCAACAAAAUUUUCUCCGUGGCUUGCAUCAGGAAGUCUCUCUCCACGUCUAAUAUACGAAGAGGUUAAAAGAUAUGAAAACGAAAGGCUAGCAAAUGAUUCCACAUACUGGGUCUUGUUUGAACUAAUAUGGAGGGACUACUUCAGGUUUCUGUCAGUCAAAUACGGCAAUUCCCUUUUCCAUUUAGGUGGCCCAAGAAAAGUGGAGAAGAGGUGGAGCCAAGAUAACACAUUGUUUGAAUCCUGGAGAGAUGGUCAGACAGGGUACCCAGUCAUAGAUGCCAACAUGAAAGAACUAUCAACAACUGGAUUCAUGUCAAAUCGAGGACGACAGAUUGUAUGUUCCUUUCUUGUUCGAGAUAUGGGAAUUGACUGGCGUAUGGGAGCUGAAUGGUUUGAGACAUGCUUGUUGGAUUAUGAUCCAUGCUCCAAUUAUGGAAAUUGGACCUAUGGAGCAGGAGUCGGAAAUGAUCCUAGAGAAGAUCGGUACUUCAGCAUCCCCAAGCAAGCGCAGACGUAUGAUCCUGAAGGCGAGUAUGUAGCAUAUUGGUUGCCGCAAUUGCAAUCACUCCCAAAAGAAAAACGGAACUCCCCUGGAAAAUCAUACAUUGAGCAAGUCGUACCUCUCAAAUUCGGCAGCCCUACCAGGUAUCAAAACCGAGACACGGCUUCCGCGUCGAGAAAACAACCCAAUGGUGGACAUAGACAAACAAAAGGACAGAGGAGAUAAAUCUUAGGAGGAAGAAGAAGAAGCUUCCAUAGUGUCGUUUUUGCGUAAUCUUAUUUGCAUGAAGUGACUUCUUCCGACGUUUAUGGUACGACACUGAAGACACUGAAUGCUCAAACAACUUGGGAUUGGAAAAUCAAAGGGGCGCCUCUGCACAGGACAUCUUGCUCUACUAGAAAAUAACGUAUUGAGCAAAAUAAAUAUUCGUGAAAGCAUAAUCUAUUCCAUUAUUGAUUUGUAAAAUAGAAUGAAAUUUGGUUAUUUCUUAACAAAUAGUCAAGUGGUUAGCACCGUCUUUAAUCUGAUAAGGAUUUUUCUUUUUCUUUUUUUUUCCCUCU